CUCUCUCUCUCUCUCUCUCUCACUCUCUCUCUCCCUCUCUCGCCCUCUCUCGCUCUCUCUCCUCAUUCACUCUCUCUACUCUCAGCACGCGCCGCUCCUCGCCUCCUCACUGCAUCUGUCCUCUUCUCCCUGAAGUGAGGCGCCAUGCAUCCUCCGUCCUCCUCCUCCUCCUCUUCCUCGCUCGUCCGCUCCAAGGUCUCCUCAGCGCGUGCAGCGUGCUCGCCGCGCAGCCAGGGACCGUGAGCGCCGGCGGUAGUUGUCUUGAGGACUUUGGGACCCGGUCUCUCUCUCCGGAUGCGGACCUUUCGCGGGACGUCCGCCGGCUCCGUCUCACCGUCCGAUUCUGCUAAAAGUUCCAGGGGGACGCGCGUCCCUCCGUCGGGGGCUCUCGUCCGGGCCGCGUCCUUGUCUCCCAGGCGCCGCUGACCGCUAACUCUGUGCGAGGACUCCUAUCAGCGUCAGUAGAGACUUGGUGUGUGAUGUCAGAUGCAGCUGUUUGACACGGGCGACCUGUGGAGCCGUCGCUGCUCGGGGCCGUCCUCGCACCUCCUCGCUCUCUGACCGGGCCGGCGCCGCUGCUCCGUUUGCUCUUUGCGUGACGUCGGCUUGAGGCUCUUCAGCUCGACGCUCGGGGAGGAGGAGGAGGGGGGGGGGUGUCUCAUGCCCCCCUUUAUUCCUGCCUGCGUUUUCCGCAUGACGUUGGUCGGCGCCGGGCGGACCCGGGCCCGGGCCGCGGACCCUUAGCUCUCUGACUGCUGAGCGACGGCCUCUGGCGCCGGACCGGCAGCCAUGCAGGUGUCCUUCGCGUGCACGGACCACGGGCUCAAGGCCCCGCGCAACGGCGAGCACAGCAAGCAGAACGCCACCAGCCCCAACACCACCAGCCAGGCCCGCGCCCGCUUCCGCACCGUGGCGCUGAUAGCCCGCAGCCUGGGCUCCUUCACCCACCGCUACCACCACAACCUCAAGGAGUCCACCGCCAAGCUGACGGGCAUGAAGUACCGGAACCUGGGGAAGUCUGGGUUGCGUGUCUCCUGUCUGGGGCUCGGCACGUGGGUGACGUUCGGAGGCCAGAUAUCUGAUGAGGUUGCAGAGCAGCUGAUGACCAUCGCCUACGAGAGCGGGGUCAACCUGUUCGACACGGCCGAGGUCUACGCCGGCGGGAAAGCGGAGAUUAUCCUGGGAAACAUCAUCAGGAAGAAGUGCUGGAGGAGAUCCAGCCUGGUGAUCACCACAAAGCUCUACUGGGGAGGAAAAGCAGAGACAGAGAGAGGCCUCAACAGGAAACACAUAAUUGAAGGUUUGAGGGGCUCCCUCCAGAGGAUGCAGCUCGAGUAUGUGGAUGUGGUGUUUGCCAACCGGCCCGACAGCAACACCCCCAUGGAGGAGAUAGUGAGAGCCAUGACUCAUGUGAUCAACCAGGGGAUGGCCAUGUACUGGGGGACAUCGCGGUGGUCCGCCAUGGAAAUUAUGGAAGCGUAUUCUGUGGCCAGGCAGUUCAAUUUGAUUCCACCAGUGUGCGAGCAGGCCGAGUAUCAUUUCUUCCAGAGGGAGAAGGUGGAAACUCAGCUCCCAGAGCUCUACCAUAAGAUAGGUGUGGGUGUGGUGUCUUGGUCGCCUUUGGCCUGUGGUAUCAUCACUGGCAAGUACGAUAAUGGAGUCCCAGAGUCCUCCAGGGCGUCAAUGAAGCCAUACCAGUGGUUGAAAGAGAAAAUAAUGAGUGAAGAUGGAAGAAAGCAGCAAGCCAAGCUAAAGGACCUGGCUCACAUUGCAGAGAAGCUCGGAUGCACUCUGCCACAGCUAGCCAUAGCUUGGUGCCUGAGGAAUGAGGGUGUGAGCUCAGUGCUCCUGGGAUCUUCCAAUGCAAGUCAGCUAACAGAGAAUCUGGGAGCCAUUCAGGUAAUUCCAAAGAUGACAGCUGGCAUCGCUACAGAGGUGGAUCACAUACUAGGAAAUCGUCCCCACAGUAAAAGAGACUACCACCAUUAGUGUGGAGUCCAUUUUUCGUGAACUAUGCUCAAAAAAGCUUAUCAAAGCUCACCUUUCACAGCCAUGGCACCAUAAAUGCGUGCCCAACUUUGCUUGCGUGCGCGUAUGGUUGCGUGUGUAAACUAAUCUGCUUGGCUCCUCGUCUGUAUGAAGAUCAACCAGUACUCUUUAUUCUAAAGUAAGCUACUCGACUAAGCAUGCAUGCUUCAGCUAUAGCAGCUAGCAGCCGGACCCUGAACACUCAGAGGCCCCGAAAAGAUCAUUUCUGGAGUGUCUGUGUCUCCACUAAAACUGCAAUGAUAAAUCACAGAUUUAAUGAAGCAUAAAAAAAUGCGUUAUUGCAAACUAAAUCUCACUUAAAUCGCAUUUGUGAAUAUAGGUGUUGAUGCAUUAAAUAAAGGAAACUUGCGACGCAUGUGUCUAAACAGAAUCAGAUGGCAGUGUCAAAAUGUACCCAGUGAUAUCUGCCUUACAUACAGCUUGUGGUUUAAAAUAUACAUAUAUAGUGAUGAUGUGUUUAACUGGGCAUGGUCUUUGCAGACAGGAUGAUGAACUGACCGAUCGACUUGAUGAUUUGUUUCAGAUUUUGACAAAUGUUGCUCUCAGUGCUCUGCUUACAGUAUAUGGAGAGAGCUAACGUGAUUUAAACAUCUGUAUUGACUGUUAAAUCAAUAUUUUACUCAAAGCCAUUUAUUUACUUGUGUCCUUUUCCCUUUUUUACAUAUGCAAAAGUACAGUACAUAGUGCGCUCUCCUAUUGUGCCCCUUCAGUGCACGUUUUAAUUGGACUCUGCUGGACUGUCAGUGAUGUUUAUAUCCGAUUCAUUUAAUUUUGGUCUGUGUUGUGACUAAAACAUUUGUGGAGUUGAAGUUAAAGGGAUUAUCCACCUAAGGGGGAGUGUGUGGAUUAAACAAACAGCCAUGUAGCUAAUGAAUAGAGUCAUAUAUAAACAAACCCAUAUGGUGCCCUGAGGUCAUUGCACCUGGAACAAACUGAAUCGUUACCCCGCUUCUCCUGGAUGCCUGUUUUACGUAACAAAAUUAUCUUCGUAUUGUUUUGUCUGUUCAAAUAUGUAGGCCUAUUUUGGUGUUAUUCCGAUUUGUACAUACAAAUAAGGAGCUUAUAAUUCCCAUGCGACAUGUUUUAAAGAUCUAUAGUACUUUUAUAUUAAUGUCAUGGAUGCCUUCUAUUUUUCAACCCAGGACAACAAGUAAUUAAAUAGCAAUGCUAAGAGAGAUGUAUUGUUUACUGAGUUAAUAUACUGUAGAACCCGGUAAAAGUCUGUGACUUUUAAAACAUUGUGGCUUAGUUACUGCUGUUUGCUGUUGGGGUUUGUCUGUGUUUUGCUCUUUUAUAAUAAAAUAAUGAUGAUGACGAUGA